AAAGAAACAAACAGAAAUAAUUAAAUGGUGAUGGAGCCAUCAACGACAACAUCGUAUUCGGUCGUGUCUGAGCUAGAAGGAACUCUAUUGAAAAACCCUAAACCUUUCGCUUACUUCAUGCUCGUGGCUUUUGAGGCAUCAGGGCUAAUUCGUUACACACUACUGCUGUUUCUCUGGCCUAUCAUAGCACUCCUCGACGUUUUGGGCUAUCGAAACAGUAGCCUUAAGUUGAUGAUCUUCGUUGCAAUGGCUGGUUUGCGCGAAUCUGAGAUUGAAUCUGUGGCUCGAGCCGUUCUUCCCAAAUUCUACAUGGAUGAUAUAAGCAUGGACGCUUGGAGAGUGUUUGGUUCGUGCGAGAAGAGAGUCGUUGUCACAAGAAUGCCACGAGUUAUGGUGGAGAGAUUCGCUAAGGACCAUCUUAGAGCCGUUAAGGUCAUCGGUACAGAGAUAAUCGUUAACCGUUUCGGUUAUGCCACCGGUUUGAUUCAGGAAUCCGAUGUUGAUCGAUCUGUUUUCAACAGUGUGGCUAACUUGUUUGUGGAUCAGAGACCUCAACUAGGCCUUGGACGACCGCUUACCUCUGGAUCUCCAACUUUCCUAUCGUUAUGUGAGGAGCAAGUUCAUGCACCGGUUCCAUCGAACUACAACGUCCAUCGUCUACAUGUACAGCUGCAACCGGUAAUCUUCCACGAUGGACGUUUGGUAAAGCUACCAACACCAGCCACCGCACUCCUCAUCCUCCUUUGGAUCCCUCUCGGAAUAAUCCUAGCCGUGAUUCGUCUCUUCAUCGGCUCCAUGCUCCCGUUAUGGGCCAUACCUUAUGUUUCACGCAUAUUCAACAUUCGGUUCAUCGUAAAAGGAAAGCCUCCCGCACCAGCAUCCGCAGGAAACCUAGGCGUACUAUUCGUAUGCACUCAUAGAACCGUAAUGGACCCAGUGAUAUUGUCUUAUGUACUUGGUCGUAGCAUCCCAGCCGUUACCUACUCCGUUUCUAGGUUAUCUGAGAUUCUAUCUCCAAUUCCAACGUUUCGUUUAACUCGAGUUCGACAUGUGGACGCCGAGAUUAUCAAGAAAGAGUUAUCUAACGGGGACUUAGUGGUGUACCCCGAGGGAACCACUUGUCGUGAGCCGUUUCUUUUGAGAUUUAGCGCGCUCUUCGCGGAGUUAACUGAUAAGAUUGUUCCCGUGGCUAUGAACUAUAGAGUUGGUUUCUUUCAUGCGACUACUGCUAGAGGCUGGAAGGGUUUUGACCCCAUCUUCUUUUUCAUGAACCCUAGGCCGGUUUACGAGGUGACGUUCUUGAACCAGCUUGAAGUGGAGGCAACGUGUUCGUCAGGGAAGAGUCCGUACGACGUGGCUAAUUAUGUUCAGAGAAUCUUGGCUGCUACGUUAGGGUUUGAGUGUACUAACUUCACGAGGAAGGAUAAAUACAGAGUUCUUGCAGGGAACGAUGGAACCGUGUCGUAUUCGUCGUUUCUUGACCAGUUCAAGAAGGUGGUCGCUACUAUCAAACCUUUUUUCAAAUAGUUUUCAAAUAGUUUUCAAGUUCAUUUUGAUACGCAUUUUCUAAAUAAUGUGACACUGAUUGCAAAAAUAUUUAUAAGUUUUCCUUUUUAGAUCUGAAGUAUACUUUUUACUGGUUGUAUUUUUCUUAAUUUAUAUAUCUUUUGCCGAAUGUAGUAUAUGCCACUAUAUAUAUCAACUUUUUGUUAAAAUAA